AAAUAACUGAUGUUUGAAUAGUACAGCGUUUUCUUUACUCAAACACUACGUCUGUAAAGGCUAUGUUUUUGUGUGCUUGAAGAGCGGAGAAGUAGGUUAUUUGCCGUCUAGCCAAUAUACAAUGUACGUUUUAAAUAUCCUGUGCAUAAGCGCUUAAUUUGAGAUUUUGACCAAGUGUAUUAAACAACAAGAAAAACUAAGCGCCCAUAUAGCUACAAUAAACGUCAUAUAACCUGUAAAAGUUGAUGAAAGCAUAUGUUGCGAUGCACUUAAGUGAUUAAUUACUGCCGCAGACAACAGUUACAGCCGUUCUAAUGACACUCCAUCUCCGUCAUUCGCUGGUCAAAAACUUUGUUAACUCCAUUUGAACUUGAAUUUCAUAUAAUGUUAAGUGCAUUAAGUGCACACUGAUCAGUAAAGUCUGAUACAAUACCAACGCAGACGACGCAGUGUUUUUUAAUUAUUUAAUUUUUUCCCUUUCUAUUUUUUAAAUAUCAAUAUAUAAUAUAUCAAUAUAUCAGAAUUUAUUAAGAGACCAUACCAAAUGUAUGAAUUGGAUUUACAAGCAUUAUGUACACCUACAAUACUUAUUUGUUAAUGUUUACAUAGGUAAAGUGGAAAAAGGGUCCUAAGGUUGUUUUAAAAGUUAAAAUGUUUCAGAAUUGACUAAGAGAGCAAAAUAAACCAGCUUUAUGCAUUUUGUUUGUUAUUUGUGAAUAUUGUGCAUCUAACACAAUACAUAAUCUGCACGUUUAAUAAACUCCAGCUGGUUCAAAAUCGCAUGCGAUUAAUCGUGCAGCCCUAUGGGGACACUUAAUUUCCAGCGAUAUCAUCUACAUGAUUGCACAAAUACUAUUAGAACUGUACUGAGCUGGAUGAUGACAUCACUGAAUUCAGUAAUGAAAUACCUUCAACUGAAAAUUUAGUGUUUACUAUUGUCCUUCUGCACAAACUAUUUUCCUAUUUGAUACUGUAAAGCUGCUUGGACACAAUCUGUAUUGUUAAAAGCACUAUAUAAAUAAAGGUGACUUCACUUGAGUUAAUCUGGUAAAUGUGAUAUCAUAAUUUAAAAGAAAAGAAAAAAAAUCGCAAAUUUGUCACAAAUUUAUGGAAAUUACCACCACAAAAUCAGUCAUUUUGAUCGCAAAAAUCACACAAAAAAAUCGUGAAAUCCUGGAGGGACUGAAUGUCUAGAGAAGUGAAGUUGCAUUAUACAUAUGAAAUGUUUUUCAAGCCUUUGGAUCUGCAUCUAAAAGUAGAAAAUUGCUUACAAUCAGACAAAUCUUGUGAGGUCCCCAAAUUAAAUUUUUCUGGUCCCGUGCUUUGGAUUUGGGUUGGAGUCUGUACCUCUGGUAAUGGGCCUCACAUGUUACCGAUCCUGUGAAAGAACUCGAGUUCGACCCAUUGGCAGAUAUCAUACUGCAUGCUGGAUUUAUACACAUUUUUUGAGUUGCAUUAAGUGGGCCUAAUUUUACAUGUAAAUUCUGCAUUAAACUUUUAUUGAAAAGUAAGAAUACUGAUCAUCUAUUUCAGCAUACAUUAGAAAAUACAACUAGGAAACAAAUGCAGUAGGAAAUUAAUGUCUAAAUUAUCUAUAGUCACAUGUUGGUCUUGUUCUUGUUAAUCAUUUCUGCUUUCUUCCCAACUGAUGAUUUCUGGUCCUAUGAUUAUGAUUGUCAAAAAAAAAAAAAAAACUCCCCUUGUGAAUAGUUAAAUUUGCAAUGCAUUCACAGGCAAAAACAUUAUGUAAGUACACUGAAGAAGAAGAAGAAAAAAAAAACUCUACUGAUACGAGUGCCAGAUAUUCUCAUGUGGUAGGUUUUAAAAUCUUACAUCCCCCAAAUUUGAUUGAAAGUUUUGCUUGCAUCUGAUAUUUAAACACAGACACACCUACAAAUUACAAAACAUUUCAUUAGGCAUGACUAAACUAUAAUACUGAGUUGUAACCAAUCAGAGCGUUUGUGUGUGUUAGUGAGGUCAGGCAUUAGGUUUACUUAAAUGGAGAGAGUUGCUCUCUCAUUCACACACUGCUCAAAUCCAGGAUCACUCUUCAGUUGAAAACUUUCUUCAAGACGAACACACAACACUAACAUGCAUAGUAAAGAUCAAAUCUGCCAUGAAGACUAUCGGAUAACUGCAGACUGGUUGCUGUCCCAGACACAACACAGACCUAAAGUAGCCAUCAUCUGCGGCUCUGGACUGGGAAUGCUGGCAGAUGCGCUCAAAUGCCAAGACUCUUUCAAAUACUCUGACAUCCCUGGUUUUCCUCAGAGCACAGUGAAGGGUCAUGCUGGAAGGCUGGUUUUUGGAGAGCUCAAAGGGAAGACCUGCGUGUGCAUGCAGGGCCGAUUCCACAUGUAUGAGGGACACUCACUAUGCAAGGUCACUUUUCCAGUAAGAGUGUUUAAGCUACUGGGUGUCGAAACCUUGAUUGUCACUAAUGCUGCAGGGUCAUUAGCGGACAGUUAUAACUGUGGUGAUAUUAUGAUCAUACGUGACCACAUUAACUUCCCUGGACUUGCUGGACUGAAUCCGCUCAAUGGCCCUAAUGAUGAUAAGUUUGGUCCUCGAUUUCCACCCAUGUCUGGGGUUUAUGACAAAAGCCUACGGAAGAUGGCGUUCGACAUCUGUAAGAGCAUGGGCGUCUCCCAGUAUGUCCAAGAAGGCGUCUACUGCAUGGUGGGAGGACCCAACUUUGAGAGCAUAGCUGAGGCCCGCCUUCUGCACAAACUGGGAGUGGAUGCAGUUGGAAUGAGUACUGCACCGGAAGUGUUGGUCGCCAGUCAUUGUGGCAUGAGGGUCUUCGGUCUCUCCCUCAUCACUAACAAAGUGGUGAAAAGCUAUGAGGACAAUGAGUCUGUCAAUCAUGAAGCUGUGCUGGAAGUGAGCAAAAUGCGUUCGGAGACGCUGCAGGCGCUCGUCACAGAGCUCAUCAACCGCAUGGACAUCAACAACAACACCGCAUGAUCUUAUCAACACUGUAACUGCCAAUCAAAACCUCAUCCAGGAACAUCUGCAGCUAUACUAUGAUCAUGUUUUUCAUUUCUUUAUACUUUUCAAUAACACAUUUUAAAUAAUUAAAUGUCAAGAUUUUACUAUUUGCAGUGAUCACAAAUAUGAUGUAGUUUGAUGGUGCCAUAACAACCAACUUUUAACAUUGGACUAUUCCACAUGUUAUUCAUUAAAUAUUAGUCUUUUUUUGGUGCUGUGAAGGCUGUAUAUGCCUUUGUAUAUUGAUGUUUUCAUAAUAUUAAUCCCACCUUUAUGUGAGGAAUUAUGCAGGAAAAAAAUGUAUGCACUGCUGUUCAUUAUACAAAGUAAUAUAAUUCCUAAUGUUAAUAUUUUGACUAUAAAGUUGGACAUUUAAAUCAUUGUUAUGCUAUUUAUAAUACAUUUUAUAUUUACUGUUUGCGUUGUAAAUGUGCCACUAAAUAUAGACCUUUUUGUAUAACCUUCUCUUCUAUAAACAUGCAUCUUAUCUAUAAUGCAGAAAUGACAGCAAUUAAAGUGUAUUUUGA